AGUCGUAUCUCAAGAGUUUCUCGUUUAUUUAGGACCCUGGACUAUUUAAAACCAAAAUAUGUUGUGUACAGAAACACGAUCUAUAAUAAUUCCGACGCGACUUAGAUCAGGUAUGCACCUUUGAAGGCAGUGUCAGAUUCUGCUGGAGACCAGCGAUCUGAACAACAGGCGAAGAGCUGUAGUGAAUCUUUGAACGAAAGAAAAUCUGUAUAGUAUGGAUGAUUAUAAGAAAGACGGCAAGAAGAUGGUCAAAGAAGAGUCCAAGGAAGAGAAAAUGUGUGCACAGUGCAGCAAAACAAUUGAGGGCAAGUUUUUGCUACGAGCUUUGGACAAGUUUUGGCACGAAGAGUGCUUGAAAUGUUCGUAUUGCAACACACAGCUGGCAGACUUAAGCUUUAAGUUUUACCUCAGGGAAGAUUUAAAACUUUGUAAACGAGACUACAUCAGGUUAUUUGGUGCCACUGGACAAUGCGCACACUGCUCCAAAACGAUACUACCUCUGGAAAUGGUGAUGCGGGCUCGUGAGCACACGUAUCACCUUGAUUGCUUCGCCUGUCACAUCUGCCAGUACAGAUUCUGCGUCGGCGACAAGUUUUUCCUCCACUUUCAGGUGGUACUUUGCGAGGCUGAUUACUAUGACAUCACAAGCAUUUUCAACGUCAACGACAUGGCUUACUAUGUGUGACUUCCGGUGAUUUCUCCCCUGAUCCUGGUACACCAUUUUAGAGAGGUUUGAAAAAGGACAGGCAGAGACCAACUCACGAUCAAAAAGUAGAAUGCUUUGGACUGCAUACCUCCUAUGUUUUCUCAUCUUUGUCCAUCAGCUUUAACGUGAUAACUCCAAAGACCCUUUAGCUUUUUCUUUUAAUCAUAUAUUUGUAUCUUAGCAUCUUCGGUGCAAUGAAAAGAGGAUAUUGCAUGGCCACACGGAGAUACGAAAUUUAUCUUCGAGCGCUGACAAAUGUUUCACGAGUGAGCGAGGCGGACGAGCGAAUACUUUUUAACAAGAGAGGAGGAAUUUCGUAUCUCCAAGCGGCCAUAUAAUAUCUUCUAUUUAUCAUAUAAACACCAAUAAAAUACUAAAUAAAAGGCGCUACAUCAAAGGCGCGAUUUCUGUAUGAACCAUAGCGACAAUGAUCUUUUCACGUGUGAAGAUGACAUGUUAUCUUUACGCGUGAAGAUAUCAUGUUUUCGCGCAAAAGCUCACUUGGUAUUCCGCUGAUGUUUAUAUACUAAAAACGUUUUCCAAUUGUCAUCUUAUUAUUGUCAAGUACGUUUUUGGGAGAAAGACUUCGUUCAGAUACCGAAUGAAAAAGUACUCUGGAACAUCGAAUUCUGAAAAUCUCUU